AAAACCAGUUUAUUUACCGACCACGUCCACGGCGCGCGCGUUCUAUGGCCCGUGCCCAAAAUUAUAGUCCGAGUUUUCUCACAGAGAUUGAUAUCACGAAGUUAAUCUGUGUGGCUAGGUGGAAUUAUAUUUCGUGAAACAUUACAAUCUACUAGCAAUAUUCUAGAGUGUGAUAAAUUGUUUUGGAAAGUCAUAAAUAAAGUAACCAUUGGGAGUGCUAAAAAGGUGUGUCGUGUUUCGAAUUUUGAAUCGUGAACAAACUUUUGUGCAUUCACGUGAAAAAUACAAGUGUUUUAUUUCGAUGAGUUCGUGUGUGCAAAAGAGAUGUUGAUACGGAAAAGUUUUCCAAUCAAAAUCGAUUGUCAGUUGCAUAGUUGAGUGAUUUUCGUGUGAUUUCUUCAACGAGACGAGUUCGCAAGGUAAACAUGUGCGCAUCAAGAAUUCAAACACACCGAACAAGUGGCCACCAGCCCUGAUGCAGUCCGGAACAUUCCAUGAAGUCGGCUGACAUGUAGCCAUGGCCAGUGGCAAGGCUCUUUAUUCAAUAGCAGUGGUGGCACUGGGGUUCAUUUGCUUCGUAGUCGGUGCCAUCGCAGUGGGCCUUCCUACCUGGGGAAACUUCCAUAGCUAUGAUUCUGACUUUCAACUCUCAGUCCCUGGGUACUAUUUAGACAAUCCGAACUUCGACCAAGGCUACUUCGGACCAUGGCGCGUUUGCAAGAAACUGUUGUACAACAGAGAGAAAUGCGGGACGGACGUAUCCAAGUUCCAACCAUCGACGGCGGUGUACAUAGCGGGUGUGGUCGCGUCCGUCGGCGUGUCGGUGCUUGGCGUGUUCUGCGUCCUCUCCGUGCUGCAACUCGCCAUGAUAUCGUCCAAGGAACGAGUAGCCUUCAAGUACACGAAUCUCGUCAUGAUGAAGUUGGCGCUGGCGCUAUUAGCUACGUUGCUGUCAAUAGUGGCGGCAAGUUUGUUCGCCGUACAAGGCGAUGACAGGGGUUUCUUCGUGACGAGGGGAGAGGCGUUUUACGUUCAGAUAGUGAGUAUAGUGAUAAACUCGAUCCUGUUUAUAAUGUCGCUGUACGACGCUCUGUUCUCGCGGAGAGCGGGCGGGGAUCCCACUAAUCCUCUAGGAGAGCCCGAAGGGACCACUAUCAACAACCCUGGAUUCAAAGAAGGAAGAGGAAUCUCAAUGACAGACGCAUCAGGUAAGCCGUACAGCACAAACGGUCACGGAAGCGUGGCUUCAAUGAACACGACGGCAACCACGCUGACCGGCUUGUCGGACGCCAGUACCAUCACCAGGUCACCACUAAGGUCUUCACUCAAGAAGCCAAGGCCCAGGGAAGGUGAACCCGGAGGCCUGGGCAUUCAAAACCCAGGCUACUCCGGACACUCACCACCUCUAAACAGAAAUGGGAGCCAGAAGAAAGUGCGCAUACAAACACACAGUACCGAGGUGUGAACCAGUCUGUAUGUUAAUUUAAUUGUAGUUAUACUAACUAUUACUGAGGUGGUUUUCAAUAUGCUAAAAGAUUGCAGUACCCAGACAAUGGUAUGGUAAUACUUUUGUGUGAUCUCUUCACUGGUAUUUUCUGACUGUCUUGCAUAUUGAAAUGGUUUGGUAUGUUUCAUAUUUGUCUCAAGUGCGAAAAUUUUUAAUCUCAUCAGUAGAUUUAUUAGAAACAUGAAAUCACACUAAUUUAUUAAUCAUGUUUAUUGUGUGCAUGUUUGUUACUCUUUCAAGAAAAAUCUAUCGAAUGGCUUUUGAUGAAACUUAGCAAUAAUAAUAUAUUGAAAAUGAUAUCACGAUUUACACUUUAGACAAAUGGGAAAAUCGGACAAAGGGAAAAUUAUAUUAUGGAAAAGUUGCUCCUUCUGUCAAAAUUGUUCAGUUGUAUGUAAUUGUUCAGUUGUAUGCAAUGAAUUAAAGAGAAGGCAGUGGCUAAAAAGAUACAGGUGAAGAAAUAAGAUUGAAUGCUAAAUAGAGUGAAGCCAUAAUUCACUACUUUCAUAAAAUGCUCAAUCAUUGUAUUAAAUGGUUGAAUUUCAUAAAAUGUGUCAUUGCCUGUUGGUCACAUCACCAUGUGCUAUGGGUAGAUCAAUGAUGAGAUUUCUCAAGAUGAUGUUUACUUGAAUAUCUUAUACAUACAGUUAAAAAUUUUGACAUAAGGUGCAGGUGGUCUAUUUAUUUAAAUGGAUUUUGUAUAUGGAUUUAAAUAUAGAUUGACCUUUUAAUAUUAAGGAGACACUGAUAAAUUUUAACACUAUAGUGUUAGGAAGUUUUUUAAUCUUAUAUUUAUAUGUAUGUAAUAUCUGAUUAGGUAAUUUUUUCAAGUUUUAUAAUAGAAUAUUCGGUUUGCGACAUGAGUUGAAUAAUGCAUUACUUUAGUACGACUAAAAUAUUUGACAAAAUGCGACCUCCGUGGAGAUAAUUCUCAGUUAAGAUACACCAUUAUUUUGUAUUAAGAUUCGAUGACUUCUAAAAUUUCAAUAUGCAUGAAGGCAUUAUAAAUAACAGUUUGGCAUCUUACACUAAUCUAAACAUGGAGUUAGUUUAUAUUGUCUGCACUCUCAUUUAUGGUUGACAAUUAAAGUGCUGCCUAACUUUUGUCGUUAACUGUAUAUUUCACUAUACAAAAAUCACUAGGAUAGAAUAGAAUUCAUUGCACUUUCGCAAAUGGAAUCCACUUAUCACGAGCUGAUAUUACGUAUUUUGUUUUAAAUUUAAGAAUAUUUUUAUAUUUUACAAUUUAUAAGACAUUGCAAUCAUCUGUAUAUUUCGUUUGAACAAAGUUCUUAAUUGAAUAUUUUAUUGUGUAUAAAGUGCAUAUGUGUACAUAAAUCAGCACAAAGUGUUGUAUAUUAAGAAACUUUUUGAAUUUGUUACUUUAUACAGCUUUGUUGUAUGUUAACAUGCAAUUUUAAUAAUAUGUUAACAUUUAUAUUUUAGAUUAAAUUCCGAUUUAUUUGUAAGGUUAAAGUUAAAUAUGUUUAAGUGUAAAUAUACAUGAAAACCCACCAGGCUUUUUGAGGAUCAUCACAUUUUCUGAAACUAUUUUAUUUACCUUUCAUAAUUUCGUAUUUAUUGUGAGAAUCGUGCCUUACCUUUUAAAUCCAAAUUUGUGCCUUAUCCUAAAAGCCAUUUGUAAACCUAUUGAAAAUUGUGUAUUAUGAACCAAUUUUAUUUACACCAUUCAAAUGCAGAAUUUACUUUAUUUUCAGGAAAUAAAACCAUUCUUAAAAUAAAUGUACUAUAAUCGUAAUUUUUAUUACAAAUUGUGAACAUUUCUAUAUGUUAAGAUUAAUGUAAGGGUAUAAUUUUUACUCUGUCCGUCCAAAUUCUGGUCUUAAGUUUAGUUUUGACAUUAUUAUUUGCUUAACAAGUAGUAACUGUCAGUUAGGAGCAUUAAAAUAAUAUUAUGCCUGGUUUCACCACCUACAAAUAAGUUUAAUUAAUAAACAUAUCUGUUAGAUAAAUAGCUGAAUUACAUAUAAGUUAAUCUUGAGGAUAAGGCCUUUCCAGAGUGGUGAAACCGGCCGAAAUUAUUGUUACUUUUGUAUUGUUGAGGUAAAUAUGAUAUUUUAUUCUGCAUGUUUGUGGACAGUCGUUAAAUUUCUGUAUGUUAAAUCAUAUUUCCGUCUUUUCAUAAAAGAGUAUUUCUUCUUUAAACAAUUCUUUAUUUGUUAUUUUUUACAUCAAACCGAUAUUUUAUUUUUAAUUUAACGGUAUUAUACAAUUCCGUCCAAAAUAUCCCAUUAUGUUAAUGAUCUGAUAUUUAGUUAUUAUAUUCUGUAGUAAUAUUUUGCUGAAUUAAAAAGCAAUUGUUUUACAACCA